AUGGAUGAGGAGAUGCAACAGUUGUGGAGUAAUUUUACACUUGGUGAGGAGGAGAGUCUUGGAGUUCAUCUCCUAGAUCAGGGAGACGGCGAACUUGGGGAGAAAGGCAAGUUAUGUAUUUUUGGUAAAGUCUUGUCGGAUAAGCUUUACAACAAGGUGGCUUUCAAAUCUAUGAUGAAGAAGGUUUGGAAUAAUAUCAAAGUGGAAUUCAUAGAGGUUGGUGAUAAUUUGUUUCUCAUCCAGUUCAGCAAUAUGCUAGAUAAGAACAGAGUUCUUGAAGGUAUGCCUUGGUCUUUUGAUAACCAUUUAGUUUUGUUGAAGGAUUUUGAUGGUUCGGUUCAGAAGGUUCGGCCAUGGGGAAAGAGAAUGUUUGUUAAAGCUGGAUUAUUCAGUUCUAGCAACGAAAGGACCAAUGCAAUUUGGAGCAUGGUUGAGGGCUCCGGUGGGUAG